AGCGGAAAUCAGCAGCUCUGCUCUGUAAGGAAAAAAAAAAAAAAAAAACUCCUCCGCACUCUUUAAAAAAAAAAAAAAAAAAAAGGCUGCGCCUCCGAUGAGCGGCGAGGUGACGGCGGCUUCCAUGUUAAAAAUGAGAACGGCGAGCUGAAGAAGGACGUCUGCUCCGUUCGGGCUGCCCGAGAUCAAGCGGAGCUCAGCAGCGUCCAGCAUCCUCACCUCUCUGACGAUGACCCCUCCAAACCCUCCGCUUCUCAUUCUUUGUCUUCUGAAAGGACUUUCACUCUGGCAUGUUGCCAGCGGCUGGUGGGUGGAAAUGCCCUCUCAGAUCACCGCCUUGCAGGGCUCUUGCGUGGUCAUCCCCUGCAGGUACUCCUACAACUCCAACGGCCCCAAGAAAUUUGUUGCCGUCUGGUACCAGUAUCAGAGCUCGGGCUACCCUUUGGUUUACGACGGGAAUAAUCCCAGCAACGUGAUUGACAAAUUCCGAGGUCGGACAAACCUCGUUGGGAAUGUCAGAAAUGGGAACUGCAGUCUGAAAAUCAGUGACGUCGUCAGGAAUCUCAACGGAGAAAAGAUUUACACCUGGAUUGAUCCGGAUAACAUCGGCUCCGGCACUUAUAAGUUUUAUGACCACACCGUUCAGCUGAAUGUGAUCGAGUAUGCAUCUCCCCCCGACGUUUCCGUUGAAGGUGACAGAGAAGGACACAUGGUGGCUCUCAAGUGCUCCACUGUGCACACGUGUCCCCCGUCUCCUCCCGCGUUCACCUGGUCCUACCCGGGUGGCACCAGCAUGGUGGAGCACACUGAAGUCAGGGAGGGCAAAUGGAAAUCGACUGCCCAGCUCCAGUUUAAUGUGUCACACGUGGACCACGAAAGGAAGGUGACCUGCACGGUCAAACAUCCGGGAGGGAGAACGGCUGAACGGUCUGCCACAUUGAGCAUCAGAUUUGCCCCCAAAAAAGUGACAGUUCAGCUACCAGCAUCCAUAGUGGAAGGCAGCAAAGCCACCCUGAGCUGCAACAGUGACGGGAACCCCAAACCGCAAACGUUCCAGUGGUACAAGAUCGAGGAAGAAAAUACCACACUCCUGGAAAGCGGGGAGCUCCUCACUAUAACACCUCAUAGAGGAAGUGACGUCCGCUAUUACUGCCAGGCGAGCAACGGGAUUGGAGGAACAAAGUCAGAGGCAAUCAGCCUGGUGGUGCAGUAUCCCCCAGAAAUCAGCCUGGACUCCAAGUGCUUUAUCAAGGAAAAUGUGAUCAGCUGCCAUUGUGAAGUCGACUCCCGGCCGGCAGCAUCCGUCACCUGGAACAAGAACGGAUCUGCAGACACACGCGGCUUUAAUGUCACCCAGACUACCAGUGACAGCGGUAAGGUGACAGGAAUACUGAGUGGGUCCCUGGUGGAACAGCUGAACAUCUCCUGCAUUGCCGAAAACCAGCAUGGGUCCUCAGAGCGCCACCUAGAGGUGAUCACAGUCACGGCAGAUAAACGUCAGCAGUGGAAGGAGAAAAACUUCAUUGUGGUCAUCGCUGUGGUGGCAACUGUGGUCGUCCUGUGCGUCAUGGUCACCGCGGCUGCCUGCAAGAUGUGUCGGCACAAGAAGAAGCCGGAGUUUGACAAGAUGGUGACAUUUCAGGACAUGAAACCUGAAAGAGACCAGCAAAGAGACGAGGACAUCUACGCCAACACCCCUGCCGGCAACGAGUACAGCUACCAACCCAGUGAAACCAUCUAUGGCAACAGCCCUGCGUGCAGCAGCCCCCCACAGGCAUGUGACCGGUGACUCAGAACCCCCAGAGAGGGUCCAGGGCAGCUCCUUUCUUUAACCCUUCAUUGUAACAAGUGCUACUGAGUUGUACUUCUCUCUCCUAAGUGCCUGUCAUGCCAUGUCAUUGCAGCCUCAUCUACAAAAUGGGACUCGGCUGUGUUGGCACCUUAUUAAAAAUAAGAAUUAAGACCCCAAGAGGGCUUCUAUGUAGCAAAGACUCUCAGCGCUGGAUGAGUUUGAAAAUCCCCCAAUAUGUAGACCCCUAUGUUAAAUAUAGCAGUUACAUCCCACACAAUGCAUUUUGGGGGGUCACAGCCUACCUUGGCAGUAGUAGGUAGGGUACACUCACAUCUCCAAACAGUUAAAUGUACAAUUGGAGUAAAGCUGAGCAAACCCUAUAUGCGCCCAAUGGAAAAUGUGCAGAGUCCACACACACAUACUGGGACAAGAUUUGAAUCCACAUCCCUCGGGCACUCGGGCGACAUGCAUAACCACCGUGCAUGCAUAAACAUUUAGCAAGUCGGCUCUUCGGCUUUCUGUUUCCUAACGGACUAAUAUAUCGUGUUUCUCCCUGUCUCCUCGCACUGAGGUUUACUGAAGGCCAUCUCCUUCCUCGGUCACCUUCCAGCGCGCUCAUCCAUCACGGCUCCUUCUGUGCAACUCCAAUGGUCCUUUCUCUGCCACAUCCACUCUGUUUCACAUCACUCUCUUCUGGUCAGAGGAAACACUCUCUGCACUCACGCUCUCCAACUCUGUAAACUGAUCCAAGCCAGCAUCCUUCCUGAGGUCACCAGCGGCUGAGGACCCAGGGCAGUGGACUUAAACAGGGAAGCAGAUCUAGUAGGUGCAGAUCACAAAGUGUGUCAUCACCUCUCUUUAUGGCUGCCCUCCUUUUGACGGACAGCGUCGCUCUCUCUCUCUCUCUCUCUCUCUCUCUCUCUCUCUCUACAUGUUUUCUCCUC